AUGAUCCAGCAAUUUACCUCCGGUUACGAAUCGCUUAUCGACUACAGAGUCAAGUGGCGAUCUGUCUUGACCUUUCUGUUAGUCGUUUCGCUAACCGUGCCUGCUUUGGCGGCGGACACGCUCACCGUUGCCGAUUAUCUCGAAUUCGAACGCGUCGCUGACGCCCGCAUCUCACCCGACGGGAGGCAGAUCGUCUACACCCGUUCCUGGGUCGAUGCGCAAACCGACCGCUGGUCCCCGGCGUUGUGGAUCAUGGACGCUGACGGCUCUCGUCACCGCCAUUUGAUCGAUGGCUCGAACGCGCGCUGGUCGGCGUCCGGUGACCGGAUUCUCUUCCUGGCCGAGGAUGACCACGGCAAGCCGCAGAUCUUCGUUCGCUGGAUGGACAGCGAAGAUCGCGUUCAUAGCCAUCGUACCGGCCGAAGAGGAGUGGGAGAUCGACAUGCCGAAGCCGCCGGAGGGCGUCGAGUGGACCGAGCCGCCGCGCAUUCUCGAUCGCCUGCACUAUCGGCAGGAUCAGGUCGGUUUCACGAAGCAGGCUUUUCUCACCUCUUCGUGGUGCCGUCGUCGUCGGGCACAGCGCGUCAGUUGACCCGUGGAGAUUGGAACGUAGGAGCCCGAUUCGACGGGCUGGAUUUCGGCACAGCACUUUCUUGGCUGCCUGACGGCAAGUCGCUGAUUUUUGAUGGGCUCACAGAGGAAGACGGCGACACGGCCUACCGACGUUCCGAUCUCUACGCUAUCGACGUCGAAUCGGCCGAGCUCCGCCAGAUGACGCGCGACUCUGGAUACUGGACCUCGCCGGCCGUGGCGCCGGACGGCCGGUCCGUUGCCUACCUGGGCUAUGCGACGUCUGACGUGACCUACGAGAUGCCUCGUAUUCACGUCAUGGAUAUCGACGGAGGCUCUCCACGGCAGAUCAGGACGGGAGAGGGUCUCUACUUCACGGCCGAAGAUCAGGGCUACAUGCACGUCUUCCACACCGACCUGGGCGGCGAGGUGCGCUCGGUCUCCAAAGGCCAACAGGCUCUACAGCUUGACUCGGUCGAUGCCAAGGUCGAGAUCGGCGUCGGCGUCUCGAGCUCCGGCGCCGCGGUGCGAAAGCUGACGGCGGUGAAUCAGGAUCUUCUCGUCGGCAAAGCGCUCGGCGAGCAGGAAGAAAUUUGGUUCGAGGCUUCUGAUGGUCAGGCGGCUCAUGGAUGGAUUGUCAAACCGCCCGAGUUCGACCCGGAGAAGACCUAUCCGCUGAUCAUGGAAAUUCACGGCGGCCCCUUUGCCAUGUACGUAGGCCGCUUCGACUUUCGCUACCAGGUUUUCGCCGCCAACGGCUUCGUAGUCCUAUACACCAACCCACGCGGCAGCACAGGCUACGGCGAGGCCUUCUCCCAGGCCAUCGAUCACGCCUAUCCGAGCGUUGACUAUCUCGAUCUCAUGGCUGGCGUCGACGCGGUUGUAGAUCAUGGAUUCGUUGACGAGAAGCGCAUGUAUGUGGGUGGCUGCAGCGGCGGUGGGGUGCUGUCGAGUUGGGUCAUCGGUCAUACUGAAAAAAUUCGCCGCUGCGGCGGUGCGCUGUCCGGUAGUGAAUUGGCUGAACCCGGCCGACUGGCUUCAUCAUUCGUCGUUGAUGCACGUCGGCACGUGACGACGCCCGACCGCGGUGAUGACGGGGGAGCUCGAUCAGCGCACGCCCAUGGCCCAGUCGAGGAGUACUACGCCGCGCUCAAGAUGCGCGGUGUGCCGGCCAAGCUGCUGCGCUUCGCCGGGGAAUACCAUGGCACUGGCACAAGGCCGUCGAACUUCAUGCGCACGAUGCUCUACAUGAUGUCCUGGUACAACCGCUUUACCUGGAUGGCGAGGUUGAGGCCGCCGGGGUGUCGACUGGGGACUAGCAGGCCAUAG